GGGCGGCGGCGGCGGUGGCGCGCGCUGCGGGCAGUGAGCGUGGAGGCGCGGACGCGCGGCGGAGCUCGAGCUGCUGCAGCUGCUGCCGCCGCCGGAGGAACCUUGAUCCCCGCGCUCCGGACACCCCGGCCUCGCCAUGGCUGACCAGCUGACUGAGGAGCAGAUCGCAGAGUUCAAGGAGGCCUUCUCCCUCUUUGACAAGGAUGGAGAUGGCACCAUCACCACCAAGGAGUUGGGGACAGUGAUGAGAUCCCUGGGACAGAACCCCACCGAAGCAGAGCUGCAGGACAUGAUCAAUGAGGUGGAUGCAGAUGGGAAUGGGACCAUUGACUUCCCGGAGUUCCUGACCAUGAUGGCCAGAAAGAUGAAAGAUACAGACAGCGAGGAGGAGAUCCGAGAGGCGUUCCGUGUCUUUGACAAGGACGGCAAUGGCUACAUCAGCGCUGCCGAGCUGCGUCACGUAAUGACGAACCUGGGCGAGAAGCUGACCGACGAGGAGGUGGAUGAGAUGAUCAGAGAGGCCGACAUCGACGGAGACGGCCAGGUCAAUUAUGAAGAGUUUGUACAGAUGAUGACUGCCAAGUGAAGGCCCGUGGGCAGCUGGCGAUGCCCGUUCUCGUGAUCUCUCUCUUCUCGCGCGCGCGCUCUCUUCCACACUCCCCUGCGUUCCCCGGUUCUAGCAAACACCAGUUGAUUGACUGAGAAUCUGAUAAAGCAACAAAAGAUUUGUCCCAA